CGACGUCUCACCGAGCGUGGUGGUGGGGGGCGGUGGGGGGAGCCGCCACAACACCGCCGCUUCCUCGUCGGAGCUUCGCAGCUGCAAAAAAAGACAAAAAACAGGGGCCAGGAGGGGGGGGGGGGGGGGGGGGGGGGGGAAGAAAAAUGAAUAAUAUGUCGAGGAGUUAAAUGGCAUCUACGGGAAGGAAUACACUGGGACUUCUCCUCAGCCAGUCGCGGAGAAGAUAAACAAGCCGCAUGAGAAGAGAAAACUCAGGUCCACCCAGGCUGUGUGCAGCCGUAAAACGCCAUCAUGCUGGCCUGCAUUCAAAGACGGCAGAACCUGUCGUCGCAGCAUUUGACCUGCGUGCCUAAAAGCCUGGAUGUCCUGACGCCACCAUUGCUGCUACCUGCGCCGCCGCCACCACCGCACACCCAUAAAGGCGAGCCACCCUCUGCCGGGUCCAGGUACCCGUCUCCCGCCGAGCUCGACGCCUUCGCCAGGAAGACCGCCAGCAGCCCGCUGUGCAUCAAGAUCUUUCCGUCGGACAUCCGGGUGCCACAACACAAACAGCUGAGCAAGACGGUGAACGGCCUGGACACCACGGGCCAGAGCUACGGCACUUACUCGCAGCCUUACUCGGGAGGCUAUCAGGGCUUGUUGGCCAUCGGCAAGGUGGCGGCGGCGGCGGUUAAGGGGGUGGUGAAGAACUCUGAGGGGAAACGGUCGAAGCAGACACACAGCCAGGCUUGUCCGACGCCAUAUAAAAACCCAAUGAAUAAUGGCUAUUCCGUCAGGCACGGGCACGGGCACAAGGCCUAUCACGUGAGCUCGUGUAAGCCCGACGUUCCCGUGGAGACACUUUGUUCCAUUGCUGGGAUGCCCUCCGGAGAUCACAGCCUGCUCCCUCGCUCUGAGCUGGCAGAGGUUCAGAGCCUGAUGAGGCAGCUAAACAGAGUCUCCCGGCCAGGGGGCGAGGCUAGAGCCAGCCCCUCUCUGCAGGCGGUGGCGGCCGUGGCGCACUCGGACUUCGUCGCGGGCGUCCCUCUGACGCAAUGCAACACGCCGUUCGGCGGCGCGGUGGACCCCGUGCAGAGCGUCGCCCACGUGGCCCAGGCUGACUAUGCCGCAUGGCAGCACAGGCAUCAGGUGUAUCGGCGGGGAGCGGCGAGGAUGUACAACCUCAUAGCGGCCGACUCCGGUAUUGGAGAGUCUCCUGAAAGCUGCCUGCCUUUGGUGUCCUCCUCGUACGGGGUGCAUCCGCCCGUACAGGGUCACUUCUCCGUCAAACACUUCUUCACGCCGCUGUGGGACGGCGUUACCGCUACGCCCAAUAGCGACUGCUGCGCUUCUCAGGUGCCGGGUACCUUGGCGCCCCCGCACCCCCGACUCGGCCAACACCACCAGACACAUUUCCACCCUGUUCCUGUUCAUCCUCAGGUCUACGGCACAGAGCAAAAUGUCUGCUGUGGGCCGCCGGGCGCGAGUCUGUGUCACGCCGCAGCACUCAGCAGAAGUCUGCAGUCUCUGGAGUGCCUCAUCAGUGAAAUCCAGCCGCCCUGCAUCAAAGAGCGGAUGCUGGGCCGCGGGUACGAGGCUGCCGGGACGCAGCAGAUGCUGGAGCAGCAGCAGCAGCAGCAGCAUCAGCAGCAGCAGCAGCAGCAGCAGCAGCAGCAGCAGCAGCAGCUGCAGCUGCCUCAUCAUCAUCACGCUCACAUCCAACUUCCAGUCUACAGAUGAGACGUAACGCGGCCAAUGAAAACUCGCUUUGAUAUCAAGGGCGACCCGCUGGAGAUCAGUCGUGUAAUUCGGAAUUUGACCAAAAUAUUCAGGAAGUCUCACAAAAAUGCGGAAUUUGUAACUGCCGUUGUGAAUGACCUGAGCAUAAUUCACGCCUCCCCUAAUUAUAAUUUCCUACAUGAAUAGAUGAAACUGUAAAUAUGCCACAAACUAUAAUCACUUUAAUAUCAUUCCAAACACAUUUUACAGCAUUACCCUUAAAAAUAAUUGGUUAACAGAUUAUUUGAUUUCAGGAGAAAAAAAUACACAAGUGCGUGUGUGUACAUGCGGAGAAAACUUUCCGUAACUUUUUCCCCUAACUAACCAAUACUGUACUUAGCUUCCACCGACAUAUAUAGCUCAUCUCUCAGUCGAGAUGUAUCACUUCAACAUAGUUCCUUGACACCAAUGUUCUUCUUUCCUGUUAGAUAUCCUAUAUGCCUGCUGCAUGUGCAUUAAAUAAGUGUAUUGGCGAAGAAGUGCUGCCCCCACAAGUGAAAAUACAAUCCGUGCUUUUACCGUUUUAAUGGGGGCUGACUUUUUUCUUCCACACUCGAUCGAGGCUGCCGUUCUGCAAGUGGCAGCCGUCCGUCUCGUCGCAACGCCCCUACCGCCGCCGACAUUCGUCAUGGUAACAAAAGCCCCGUUCCUGCAGUAGAUGGGGGGGGGGGGCAGGGUGGGCAGUGCCUUGAGUAUAAUCUCUCCUCCUGCCAUAAUGACCAAAAUUAAAAUACAGUAGUGAGUAGGCCUCAGGGUUUAGAAGAAAAAAACGACAGAGGUUUUUAACCCCUAAUAAGGAUAUGUACUACAACUGUUAAUAUAAUUGUAAUCGACUGUAACAUUAUGCACACUUUGAAUAUUAACACUGCACUUAACUACAGGAAAAUGAUGAUCCAAGUAAAAUGUAUUGCACAUAAAAGUUAAAAAAUUGUACCUAAAUAACAGUUUAAAAACAGUUUGUAAAGGUUACAUGCAAAUGUAUUGAAUUUAAAAGUUAAAUACAACUGAACUGUACUUGGCCAGUUAUUCGUCCACGUAUCACUAGAGGAAGCACUGAAUCUGUUGUUUGACUUUUCCCCUGAAAGUUUUGGUUGAAUUCCGAGUUCCGAGGCUCCACCGUCUAUUACCUGUCUUGUGUCAAAAGACUGUGCGGGAAAAUGAUAAUCAUGAGCCAAGAUGCUGAUUUUUCUGUCAUUAUUCCUCAUACUGAUGUACAGCACCGACGGUGACCAUUAUUUACCAUAAUAAUAAUCAUAAAGAGUGACUGUACUUGAAUCUGCUUGCCCACUCCAAGAGAAUCAUGAACACUCAGGCUUCUCCAAUACAAUUCUUAUGCUCACUGUAUGGAGGUGGGGGAAGAUAAAAGAUGUGAAUAUUUCUUUGUGUCACGCAUUACUAACGAGUAAAGUUUUUCUCUAGAGUAUGAUGCAUAUUCUGUCAUGUUUUUUAGAAGUCUCAGUUGAUUUUAAUGUCGUCCACGGCAGUUCCAAAUCAACUGUGGCGUUCAGGCCGAGCAGAAUGUGCCCUUUGAUUGUGUUUCAACAUGAAAUUUUUUUUUUUUUGUCUUUUUUUUUUUUCUGGCGAACAUUCACUGGACAUAUUAAGGUACACGGUUUAAUUAAAUCCAGUACAAGAGCUGUAUCGGAAAUUCUGCCUUUACAGGGAUAAAGAUUUUAAUUUUUUUUUUUUUUAAAUACAGCUCUAGUAUUGGAUCUCAUUACACUGUACAGCUGUACCUAAUAUUAUGGUUUCCUCUCCAUAGCUCUGGAAUGUUGUGGCGACUACUCACAAUCGACAAACAUCGCGGCGGGUACUUGCUUGUGUGUCUGCGGUGCUUGUAUGAUAUUUAUUUAUGUUGAUUUGUAUGUGGGGGAGUAUCUCUAUUAAGUGCAAUUAUUUUAUCUAUGGACUUGAUGAGGUAUGUUGUUGAAAUAAGUAUAUGUAUGUACUGUAUGUAUGUAUGACCUGUCCCUUUUUGCCCUCUGCUUCCUAAUGGGGAUUGUCAAGUAAAUGGCAUU